UGCACUUCCUGUUUUGCCCACGUCUCCCAAACACUAAACCGGGAAAUUACAUCAACUGUCCACUUCGAGGAACACGAAAGUUAAGUGCUGUUUAGCUGUGCUGUGUCUGUGCCUGUGUGUGUAUGCAGUGAAAUGGCUGAAGCUAGGGUUUCUCAGGACCAGUUCAGUUGUCCAGUUUGUCUGGAUUUGCUGAAGGAUCCAGUGACUAUUCCCUGUGGACACAGUUACUGUAUGAGCUGCAUUACAGACUGCUGGGAUCAAGAGGAUCAGAAGAGAGACUACAGCUGCCCUCAGUGCAGAGAGACCUUCAGUCCAAGACCUGCUUUAAAUAAAAGCACCAUGCUGGCUGAAGUUGUGGAGCAACUGAAAAAGACCAAACUCCAAACUGAUGUUCCUGCUCCAUUUCACGCUGAACCUGGAGAUGUGGAGUGUGACGUCUGUACUGAAAGAAAACACAAAGCUGUGAAGUCCUGUCUGGUGUGUCUGAACUCUUACUGUCAAAAUCACCUUGAACAACAUGAGAGUUUCUUCAAAGGAAAGAGACACGAUCUAAUGGACGCCACUGGACGACUUCAGGAGAUGAUCUGCUGUAAACAUGAAAAACUGCUGGAAAUUUUCUGCCGCACUGACCAGAGUUGUAUCUGUAUGCUCUGUAUGGUGGAUGAACAUAGAAAUCAUGAUAUUGUAUCAACUGCAGCAGAGAGGACAGAGAAACAGAGACAACUGGAUGAGACACUGAGAGACUUCCAGCAGCAAAUCCAGGAACGAGAGAAGAAGCUUCAGGAGCUGAAAGAUGCUGUGGAGACUCACAAGCGCUCUGCACAGACAGAAGUGGAGGACAAUAAGAAGAUCUUUACUGAACUCAUCAGCCUCAUUGAAAGAAGACGCUCUGAGGUCACACAGAUCAUCAGAGAUCGAGAAAAGACUGUAGUGAGUCAAACCGAAGGACUUAUGGAGCGACUGGAGCAGGAGAUUGAUGAGCUGAGCAGGAGAAAUGCUGAGCUGGAGCUGCUUUCACACACACGUGAUCACAUCUAUUUCCUUCAGAGUUUUCCAUCUCUCUCUGACCCUCCUGGAUCUCCAGACAUUCCCAGCAUAACUUUCAGUUCCUAUGAUGAUGUAAGACAAUCAGUCCGUCAACUGAGAAGGAAUCUGGAGUAUUUUUGCAGACAGGGGAUUGAAAAGAGAACUAGUAGAGCACCUGUUUUGAGACCGAGAAGGUAUCUCCACAGAUCACUGACAAAUCCAGCAGCACAGACACUUCAAGAGCAACUAAGACAGAUUAAUGACAUCACAGAACAGAAUAAAGAACUGAGACAGAGCACAGAAUAUGUAUGUUGGUUUCCACAGUGAGAUGCACCCAGAUCACCCCAGGAUAUAUGACAGCGGAAAAGAUUGUUGGGCUGACAGGAAAGCAAAUGCAGGAAACAUAUGCAUGACUUUAAGCUGGUGAAUAUUGUCCAAUUAGCACAAUAAUUAUUGAUAACAGGCAAAUAAGAUUUUGAACAAUAAUAUUUUGUAGACAUGUUUUUGGACUGAGCCAAUGAUUCCAAUGACAAAUGAACUUCUAGAAUCUCUAACAUUAAUUUCUGGAGUAAUGUGUGAUUUUCUUGUUUUAUUCACUCCGAUCACUUGUAUUUGAAGCUUGCAUAAAACACUGAAUUGAUGGAAGCCACAAAACGUCAGUAAAUAAAGUGAGAUUAAAUCAUUAAAAGUAUUUGUAUUAUUUAAUUUUACAUUUAAUUUGAGCAAAAUUAGCCUUGUGAUGGACAUCCAAGGUGUUCCCCUCUAACUCUGCAUAGGACAUGCAGUUUUAAAAAAGAAUGGAUGUAUUGAUAUUGCAAAUUUCCAAAAAGUUAAGUUAAUUUCCCAUUGUGUUUAAAUUAAUUUUGAGGAAUAUACUGUAUAUGUUGUUAAGAUUUGUGAAAUUAAUACAAUCCAGUGAUUCUGAAAAUAUAGUGAAUUAUGCAAUACAGUGCCUUGCAAAAGUAUUCAUACCCCUUUUUUCACGUUUUAUGUUGCUGCCUUAUGUUAAACUGCUUUAAAAAUAAUAGUAAAUUCAGCAUCAACCAACACUUCAUAAACCAUCAUGACAAAACAAAAACAGAAUUGUCACAACCUCGUAAAUUUAUUAAAAAUAAAAAACUUAAAUAAGUACAUUGCAUAAGUAUUCAUAUCCUUAAGUCAGUAAGCACCUUUACAGCCUCAAGUCUUUUUAGAUAUGAUGUGACAAUCUUACUCUUCAUCUCUCAAGCUCUGUCAGGUUGGAUGGAGGAAGAUGCACAUUUCAGGUUUCUCCAGGUUCAAGCCCAGGCUGUGGCUGAGCCACUUAAGGACUUUCAUUGUUUGCUGUGUGCUUAUUUUAAUGAACUCAUUUGAAAAUAGUGGUCUUAAUUUCCCAGACUUCUCUGUACUAAACAAUACUUUUAAAAUCAACUGGAUUAGACAACCUCUAUUUGGAAUAUGAUUCCUCUCCAUAUUUUAUCUAAUUUGGGUGGCAUACAUUUUUACCUUGUUUGCAAUUUUGAUAUUAACAAAAUACCUGUGAAACUUUCGGCAUUUCAUCGUCAAGCUUUUCUAGCGUGGAAUUUGAUUUACAAACACAAUUUUUCACCACCUCAUUACUUUAUUUGGAAUAAUAAGGACAUCUUAUAUAAACAAAAAUCUAUUUUUUUUAUUUUGAAAACUGGUUUCAAAAUAACAUUAUUUUGUAGACCAAUUAUUUAAUUCAGAUGAUCUUUUUACAUAUGAGAAAUUCUUAGCAAAAUAUAAUUUUACCGUACCGCCAAAGGAAUUCACAUCUGUUUUUGGUGCAGUAUCUCCUAAAAUAUGUAUGUUGUUUAAACAGCAAAAAAGAUUAAAUUCUCAGCAAUUCCCACAACUCUCACCCAGUCACUCCCCUACAGGUAAAAUAUUUUUCUCUUAUCAUUGUAAUAAUUAUAACAGAUCAAUAAAAGCUCUUUUCCAGAAGGAUGUUGCUACGAAACCAAAUGCAGUAGCAUAUUGGAAUCAAUUUGUGAGUGAUGUUGAUUGGAGAAAAGUGUGGCUUCUGCCCAAUCGCUAUCUCUUAACAAACAAGGUUAAAGAGAUUUAAACUCCUUCACAGAAUAUACCCUGCUAAACUUUAUUUAACUAAAUUUAAAAAAGACAUAGAAGAUGUAGCUUUUGCAAGCAGCAGCCAGAGACAGCUGUUCAUUUAUUUUUGCACUGCCCUCAUGUAUCUUUUUUUUUUUUUUUUUUUGCCAGAAUGUACUUGAUUUUAUUGCUGACAAUGUUGACGCAAAUGUUACUUUACAGUGGAAAGAUGUUAUUUUAGGCAUUAUUGAACACUCUAGAGAAAAACAGACCCACACUUUUUUUUUUUUAAUUUAUUAAUUUUUUUAUUUUAAUGGCCAAAUUUCAUAUUCAUAAAUGUACAUUUUCAGGAAAAAUUCCAUGAUUUCUAGCAUUUAAAAAUGAAGUGAAACAUUAUAUGGAGUCCAUAUUGCCCUCAAAGAAACAAAAAGCUUGUGAAUUGUUUAAUGAAUUCCUAUGAUAUUUAUAUCUCCCCCUAGCAUUUAAAAUUAUUUUGUAUUUGUUGGAAUUGAAUUGAAUUGUAUUGAAUGUGUUGACAUUGUUCAAUAAAAAAAAUAGAAAAUAAAAAAAUAAAAAUUAACAGUUAUAAAUUUGACCGUUAUUCUUAUUUAAGCGUAAAUUGCUGUAAUACGUUUAUGACUCACGAAUGUAAUAUGUAAUGCUCAGUUAACUCAAAUGAACCAGGCUUGAUGACAUAUGCAACCUGCAAAUGCGUUUCUAAAUUGAUUACGUGAUUGGCUUAUUCAGAUCACGUGACCUUUCGUAACGUCCCACCUCCGUUUGAAUUGGCACAUUAAAUCACAGAUGAGUUAAAUUGUUAAUAACACAUAAUAUCUUAAGUAAUCUGUUCAUAACUUAAACCUCGUUUCAGAUAUUAAUCCUGUCCUAAUAUUGCUUAUGAUCAAACAUUUGUCACGUCUAACGUUACCCAACUGUUCUUGAUGUGUAGAGGAACAUCAUUCUCCACUCUUUCAUUAUGGUAAAUUCAUAUAUUUGUGCUUUUUUCGCUUGGUCUUGUUUUAAGAUGCUUUAUUUAGAUUUGAUCAGUCUUUUGGAGAUCUGUUACGGUUUCUCUUCAGCCACUGCUAUUAACAGGUUUGAUGACGCAUUAAAGUGACACUGGACGCUGAUUGGCCUUUUGAAAAUAAUUGGUUAAAUAUACGGGGAAAAAUAAAAUCCAGUUUAAGGAGAGCUCACAAUAACAUCUCUGAUUUAUACUCCUUUGUGAAAGUUUUUAUUUAAUCUCACAAGUUAAUAUUAAAAAGUGCAUAAAAAAGCAAUAUUUGCGAUAAAUGCGUGCGCUCGCGCUGUUGUGCUCACGCACGCGACGUCAGACGUGAUUCCAAUUUUAGUUGCUAUAGCGACGCGUGUUCUGAAUUCUGACUGCAUAUAUAAACACU